CCGAAUGUGAAUGGAGGGGUCGGAUGUUUCAUGCAGCAGUUUGGGUGAUCCACACCAUCAUCGCAGACACACUCACAACGCACGCUCGAUUGCAUCGGAUGACAUUCUGAGUUGUCAUUCAUUCAUCCCACGUAUCAUGUGGACGUAGAACGCAGCUUACCCGUCGUAUUUCCACCAAGCGCCUUCACACCAUCUCACCUCUCAGGACUACUCUGGCCGUCUAUACAUACUAGGGUUCCCGCCUUUGUGUGGAUCUAGACUACAUUCAUUGUGCGCCAUACGCAGCAAGCCUGCUCGCACGACAUUAUGCUCUCCGCUCGACCCAUGGAGGCCAUCGUAGGCCACGAAGCAGGCAGCAACGGCGACGGCGACGAUGAUGGUGCAGUCCAGCUGGCUACGGAUGCCGGCAGAUUGCACUUGAAAGAAAAGACGGAUGGUCCCGGUUACGAAGUGACUGGUAAAUCGCCCAUCCCACAAGGAGCUGGUACACCGGCGGAUGGAUCUCCAGCAGGUACCAAUGCCGUCGUCUCUCCCGCUCUCAAAUCGGUUCAGGUUCCCAAUCUUCCAGGAGGAGGAGCGGAGUUGGCGAAUGCUGUCAGUCUAGGAGGACCAAGCAACUUUGCGCACGAAACUCGUCUCAACAAUGUUGGAGUUCUAAAGCAGAUGAACGUCUCUGGUCCCGCUGCUGGUACAGAAAUCGCUGCACCUGCAGGCACAGGAGGACCUAUCCACACUUCGCCUCUGACCGAGACCUUUUCAGGCGGCGCUUCCGGGCCUAGAUCUAACAGUCUGUCGCCCGUGAUCAGUAGUGCGAGGCAUGCUUCGGCAGGGAUAGGGCCUGGCGCGGCAGGCCUGGCAGGUGCGCGAGGAGUGGACGCUGCAACCGGAACAGCUACGCCUUCUCAGUUCAUCUUUCCCAAGCUGGGAGCAAGGAAACACUCUGAUGUGCCUGGUGCAGCAACUAGCGGCACCAAUACGCCUGGUGAUGCGCAGGGAAGCGGUACGGAUGAUCAUGGGCAUGGCAAAGGUUCGGGCUCGCUCAAAGGUCCCAAGCGGAAAGAUACGCACAAUCCCCUCGUCGACCUGCGCCGCUUCUUGCAAAACCACAUUGGACACCACAGCGAUACCCACACCCGCUCCAGCUCUGGCUCCUUGACGCCGAGCGGAGGAAGGAGAAAGGGCCACGACUCGCCUCCGCUCGGCGACGAUCAUGCGCAUCUGGCGAAGAAGUACGGCAAGUGGGGCAAAGUGCUAGGCUCGGGAGCAGGAGGUACAGUGCGUCUCAUCAAGCGCAGCAAAGACCACACUACGUUUGCCGUAAAGGAGUUUAGACAAAGAAGACCGGGCGAGAAUGAGAAGGAGUACAUCAAAAAGGUCACUGCGGAAUUCUGCAUCGGAUCGACGCUGCAUCACGUCAACAUCAUCGAGACGCUGGACAUCAUCUCCGACCACGGACACUACUACGAGGUCAUGGAGUAUGCACCGUAUGAUCUCUUUAGCGUCGUCAUGAGCGGCAAGAUGUGCAGACAAGAGAUCUACUGCGUUUUCAGGCAGAUCGUGGACGGAGUGGAUUAUCUGCACAGCAUGGGUCUAGCACAUCGAGAUCUAAAGCUGGACAAUUGCGUCAUGAACACUUCGAACAUUGUCAAGCUGAUCGAUUUCGGCACCGCGACGGUGUUUCAUUCCCCCGGAAAGUCCAAAGUGGUGGCUACCGGCGUGGUUGGAUCGGAUCCUUACUUGGCACCUGAGGUGCUGUCUCAGCAAACUUACGACCCUCGCUUGACGGACGUGUGGUCUUGCGCGAUCAUCUUCCUUUGUAUGGUGCUCCGGAGGUUCCCUUGGAAGCUGCCCGACCCCAAGACGGACCCAAGCUUCCGCCUGUAUGUCGCUUCGCAUCCAGAGCUUUGUCAGGCACCUGAGCAUCCUGAUCUUGCGAUUGUUGGAAGCGACCCGAGCAGCAGACGGGGCAGCACAGCGGUCAACUCCUCUGGAACACCUACGCCUGCUGGAGACAAUGUUCUUGGGUCGAUUGCAAGCCCAGAUGAUGCGCCCGUGAUUCGCACAGCUGAGGAGGCAGGCUACACUUCUGUGCACGGAGGUAGCCACGAAAGCUCCUUUGACAAUCUGGAUGGAAACGCUACGAGCGGACAAGACCCUGCGCGCGCCACUUCAACUGGGCUCGUCACGACCGCUUCGCCGAUCGAUGGGGCGUCGCCUUCCGUCUCUGCGCAAAGCAGAGGUGCAGAUCCCACCUCCAGACCUCUAUCGCCCGAUCUGAGGCACCGCAAGCCUACUCGGCAAGAUAGCGUUUCCUCCGUAGCUACCUUCACAUCCGGCGCAGCGGACUCCAUCUUUCGUCUCUUGCCUCGAGAAACGAGAUCAGCUUUGAGUCGCAUGAUGGCAGUGGAGCCUAGCUUGCGCUGCACGCUUGGGGAUCUGCUAAGAGGACGAAGAUUCUCCGAUGGGGAUUCGCCCUUGACUAGGACGCCGGUCAUGUCGCGCACGCCUAGCACGGACAAGCUGAACGGGCUUGGCGACCACCAUCAACCUAGCCACGCUUCGACGGGCAUCACGAGUCCAGGUGGUUUGCAGAGGUUGCAAGACGAAUUUGAAGAUGACGAUGAUACGGGAGACGAAUGGUUGAAGGGAAUCAGAACUUGCGCGCAUGUGCUUGUGGAUGCUAGACCUGGAGAUCAGGCUGAUCAUCCACACGUCAAGGUGGUUCCUGAAGAACAAAAACGCAAACAUAGCCUCUUCCACCGCAAGGACUGAUCGGAAUACAAAGACGAGUCACAGGCAGGCACUCGCAUUUUCCGAAGUCCGACCCUCGGAACGUCGUUUGUGGGACCGAACUUUUCCUCUUGUGACUCUGCAACCCUAUUCUCGCCCAAGACGUUGUCCCCCCUUUCUCCCUCCUUCCUUCGUUUCGCAACCGUGGACCUCCUUUUCCACCCUCAUGUCUGUCUGUUUGUUCGGCCUUCCGCACAUGUAUGCCUCACUUGACGUUCUUCUCCUUCUUGAACCACCGAAUUUCUUUCCCAAUACUAUGCGCGUCCGCAACCCAAACUAGCAGCGCCG